AAGUUGAAUAUAAAUUCUGCUACCUUAACAUAACUAAACGUUAGAGAUAAACCAUGGAAGAAUCAAAGAAGGAACAACUAGAAUCUGAUGAUGACACCCCAAGUCCACUACCUCAAUCUCAAGAGCUUUCCUAUUUUCUCAAAGAAAAAGAACCAGAGAACGAAGGCACUUCAAACAGCGCCGUUAAACAAGAGCGCAACGAGCGCGAUUAUGCUUCGUCUUCGCUCAAUCAAAUUCCUGGUGGUGGAACAGAUACAAAGGACUCAGUUGACAGAGAUGCUGUUCUAGCUAGGGUUGAAUCACAGAAAAGAUUGGCUUUAAUUAAAGCAUGGGAAGAAAAUGAGAAGACAAAAGUUGAGAAUAGGGCAUAUAAGAUGCAAUCUGCAGUUGAUUUGUGGGAGGAUAAUAAGAAAUCAUCAACUGAAGCAAAAUUCAAAGGAAUUGAGGUAAAAUUGGACCAAAAGAAGAGUGAAUAUGUUGAAGAUAUGCAAAACAAAAUAGCUGAAAUUCAUAAAUCAGCAGAAGAGAAAAAGGCAAUGAUAGAAGCUCAAAAAGGUGAGGAAAUUCUGAAAGUAGAAGAAACAGCUGCAAAGUUUCGUACUCGUGGAUAUGAGCCAAGAAGACUUCUUGGAUGUUUCGGUUUAAGGUUUUUUCGUUAA